CUCGUGACUGAUGACGAAACAGGAAGGUAUAGAGUGUGCGCACUUCCACAACCCACUCCUGUUCACAUAUAAGCCUACAUCAUAACACGUUUCGACGGACGUUCAUACUGGUUGCGCCGGUUUCAGAUCUGGUUGCUAUUGUGUUUGCGACGACGCAAGAAUACGAGGAAACGUUGAGAGCGUGCAGAAUGUCUUCCGAACAAUCGAAAAGUAGAGCCGUAACGAUAGAAGAGCUUGUACGGACCAACCGUCUAUGGGAGGAACAAUACAAUAGACUGGCAGGCGACACUGAGAAAGUCAUCAUGGAACUUAAACGACAACUGCGUGCCGUACAACUCGAGAACGAGCGAGCAAGACAACUGGAACCGGACGAGGGCGGGCACUCGACGAGCUCUCAGCGCGAACUAGAAACGCUGAGACGUCGUCUCGCGACGUCGGAGUCGGCGAGAAGAAAGGCAGAAGAACAGACGGAGGCUCUAACGUCUAAAAUGGAAUUUCUAGAGAGACAUUGCGAAGAAGAGGCGACAAAUAGAGAACGAGCCUGCGAGAGAGUAGCGAAACUCGAGAAAGAAUUGGAACGGUUGAAGCUACAUGUUAGGAAUGUCUCCGACGAGCGAAACGAACUGUUGGCUGUUAGAGAACAGGCCGAUCUGUUUCGUCAAGAUUUCCUCUCCGAACGAGACGAGAAACGACGUUUAGUAGACGAAAACAAGCGCCUCAAGCGCAGACUAGAAAAUCACGUAGAAGGCAAUCAGGUGUCUCUGUCGAGAGAGCUGGGUUUUGCAGUCACAGACGAGUUACUCAAGCUGCAAGCGGACCGAUGGAGUGAAUACCGUGCGGGUGAAUCUGGCAGAAAGGCGAUAGUAGCCAGAGGUGCAGACAAGUGUGCAAUGGUCGAAUGUCAAGGACAGUGACUGUACUCCAUAUCGCAAUUUUCCUACUUACCAGUAACAUUUACAGUAGAGUUGAGUGUUGAUAGGCUAGUCCUACUCUAGAUAGUAGCAUUUGUAAAGUAAGCGUACGACGACUCUAACAAUACAACAGACAUUUUACGGUA